GCCGACGGAAGGCAGGAGAGCAGACCGUUUCCAAACAGUGCCGGAAAAUUGGUAAGGACAGAAGAUUUAGAAAGAGGAAACAUGGGUCAAGGACAGAAAGGUAAAGAUGGCGGGAAGAGGAGAGAAGGUAGCCCGGCACCGGACGACGGCCAUAAGUGCAGAGUGUGUCGCUUCCCUCUGCUGGUGGCCCUGCUUCAGCUGCUCCUGGGGGUAGCCGUCACUGUUGUGGCCUUCCUCACGUUGGCCAUCAGCCCCUCGCUGCUGGCCAGGGAGACGCCACACUGGGCUGGGAUCAUCCUGUGCUUGGUUUCCAUUGUGGGCUUCAUCCUGUACUGCGUCACCUACCACCCAGAUGAGCGCUCGUCUGUGCAGUUCAUCGUCAAGCUGCUGUACUUCGCUCUGUGCGCCAUCGGCCUGGUCGUUUCUGUGCUGGUGGCGUCCUUCGCCGGCUAUCACCACGCUCAGACCAGCAGCUUCAGCUGUCUGCCAGCCGCCGAGGACUGCCUGUGCACUUUGGAGCCACACGACCCCAUCGCUCGCACCUUCACCUACGAAGGAGUGGCCGACUGCCAGGAGGUCACCGAGACGCUGACGCUGUACCACUUGCUGCAGAUUGUGCUGAACCUGGUUCAGGCCUUGGUCUGUGCUGUGGGCGCCUUCCUCAUGUGGAAGCACCGCUACCAGGUCUUCUUCGCCGGUCUGCAGAUCGCAAACUUCCGGCAGUGGCGCAAGGUGUAACGUGGUGACGCGGUGGACACGCCCCCUUUUUUGCUAUCUACCUUGUGUGGUUGUUGUUGUAAUUACAAUAAUAUGAUAUUGUCUUUUUGUACCUCUUUUGUACACAUUUGAAGAAAGUUAUAGAAAUAUUGUAACAUUCAUUAUUUUUCAAAAAAUGACUCACACUAACGUGCACAUUUCUUUCACAAAAUUUGACCAGUUAUCUAAUACACGAGCACUAAAAUCCAAAAAAACCAUAAAAUCAAUUAUUAUUAUUAUUACAAAUAUUUCCAGUUCUCUCAAUGAAUGAGAUCCUAAAAUCCUACUUGCAUGAACAUCAACGUUACUUGUUUUAAAUGCAUUGCAGUGCAGCUAGAAAGUCUCAUUACUUUUGCUGUUGUUGACUUUAUAAUAUUUUGAUGCGACAAGCAAACCAAAUAAAACCACUAAUGUCAAACUUUUACACAGUAAAGUAUCAUUGCUUGGUUUUCAUUGACAUGAACAUGGGAAACCCCUUCAAGUCGACAACCCUCAGAUUAGCUAAAUCACGUCGACAUAAGCGGUUGUCAACAUAACCAUUUUGGUCUAAAAUGUUGCAAAAAAUGGGUAAGCAGAAAACGAUCAGGACUUGAUUUGACUGGCUGAGUCUUGGACAAUUUGUCGACAUAAACUUUAAUUCCACUUUUAUUUCCAAUAUUAUUUGAAUUUAGUUUUGAGCCCCCGAUCACAAAAAACGAUUUUUAACUUAAGUUCCAUUUGAUGCAUGAUUUGUACUAAAACUAAUUAGUUGGACAUUAAUUGUUCAAUAAUGCUAAUUUUCAGUCCAAAAUAACAAAUGUAACAUCAUUAAAACAUAAAUUGGCAAGUCCGUUUAGGUCUGCGUACCUUCCAUUCAUUCUAAUCCCAAUUCUUAAAUGCAAAUCAAAAAACAAAUUUUGGGCAAUUUUUUCUAUUUUCAUUUCCGAAACAAAAGUUGGAAAUCUAUUUUAUGGGACUUUUUUCAAACGACAUUAGGACUCCUGCUGAACAAAGAUGUUACCGUUAUCCUAAAUGAUAAGAAAAGGCUAAAAUGGUCCAUGUACUUUACGUUUAUUUUAUUUCCAAUUCUGAAACACAAAUCAAAAAACAAAAUUAGGGCCGUUUUUUAGAUUUUUAUUAUAUAUGGCAGAUUUUAAAACAAACAAAAAGGGGUUGAUUUUCAUUAAAAUGUUGCCAUAAAAUUGGAUUUUGUGCUGUUUUCCUUUUAUGGAGUUUUGUUUUUUCAGAUAAACACAAAACUCGAAAAAAAUUUGCUAAAAUGCGUGGUUAUUUGUGUGACAACAAAUUGAACCGGGAGCAGUUUUUUAGCCUUUCCUUUGCGUUUAGCAUGUUUUUAGCACAACGGUAACAUCUUUGUUCAGCAGGAGUCCUAAAAAACACAUUUCGGACCAUUUUUUAUAUUUUCAUUUCUGAAACAAAAGUUGGACAACUAUUUAAUGACACUUUUUUAUAUACAGGUAUAGGACUCCUUCUGAACAAAGAUGUUACAGUUAUGCUAAAAACAUGCUAAACACAAAGGAAUGGCUAAAAUACUGCUUCCGGUUCAAUUUGUCAUCACACAGAUAACCACAAAUUUUUGCACAUUUUCUUGUGUUUAUCUGAAAAAAAAAACAAAUCCAUAAAAGCAAAGCAGCACAAAAUCCAAUUUUAUGGCAAUAUUUUAAUGAAAAUGAAACCUUUUUUGUUUGUUUUAAAAUCUGCCAUAUAAAAUAAAAAUCUAAAAACGGCCCUAAUUUUAUUUUACGAUUUGCGUUUCAGAAUUGGAAAUACAAUGAACGGAAGGUACACGGACCCGUGUACCUUCCGUUCAUUCUAUUCCCAAUUCUUAAAUGCAAAUCAAAAAACAAAUUUGGGGCCAUUUUUUCUAUUUUCAUUUCUGAAACAAAAGUUGGAAAUGUAUUUUAUCGGCGUUUUUUCAAACGACAAUAGGACUCCUGCUAAACAAAGAUGUUACCGUUAUGCUAAAUUAUAAGGAAAAGCUAAAAUACUGCUUUCUGUUCAAUUUGUCAUCACACAUUUUUGCAUUUUGGAUGAACAUAUGUUCGACUUUUGUGUUCAUCUGGAAAAAUAAAAAUCCAUAAAAAGAAAACAGCACAAAAUCCAAUUUAUGGCAAUAUUUUAAUGAAAAUCAACCCUUUUUUGUUUGUUUUAAAAUCUGCCAUGUAUAAUAAAAAUCGAAAAACGACCUUAAUUUUGUUUUUUGAUUUGCGUUUAAGAAUCGGAAAUAGAAUGAACGGAAGGUACACAGACCCUGGCAUAAGAUCUGGGCACAUCUCGAUUGCCCUACGUCUCUCUUCCCAGCUCAGCACUAGCAGCACUGUGUGCAGAGCAGGAAGGGGCUGGAAUAUGUUUGCAGUAAAAAUUGAAUAUGAAGCAAAAAGCCAUUCAUUAAAGGCUGGUGGUGUAGCGGUAUGAACUGCUGCUUUUAGUAGCAGAGGGUGUGGGACCCUGUCAGGGUUGUGUCAGAAAGUAAAAAUCAGCGCGAUAAAGCCCACACUCACAUUGUCAUUGUUUUCUUGUUUGUUUUUAUUUCAUUACAUUUUUCUGUUUUUGUUAUUUUGCACCGAAAAAUAAAUGUGUUUUCCAUGUAUUUGUAUAACUCCAAAACAUGCGUCGAAUUAAAGUCAGACGGAGGCAGAUAGUAUUAAAAAAAAUCAGGGCUUUCUGGGCCAAAAAGUCCAGGGCCACAUUUUCUUCUCAGUCCACAACCCUACUGAUGUCAAUCAAGAGUGUUACUAUAAUGCAGGUCUUAUACUGAAUGUUGUUAUUGUGCAAAUGUACCUGGCCAGUGAGUCUACGCUAUACAACUGGGAUUCUCAAACUGUGGUAUGCAUGCUCCAUCUAGUACAGGGGUCGGCAACCCAAAACGCUGAAAAAGCCAUUUUGGACCAAAAAUACAAAAAACAAAUCUGUUGGGAGCCGCAAAAAAUGAAAAGCUGUAUAUAAGUGUUAUAAUGAAGGCAACACAUGACGUAAGUGUCUAUAUUAGCUAUAAUAGCCUACUAUCAAAAUUACUAUGUGUCGCAGGCUGAAGCAAAUCUUCGUUGACAGAAAUGUUGAAAUGUAAUAUUUAUUCUACACAUUUUUACAACAUUAGAAACCAUUAGUAAAUCAGAGGCUACUCAGAAGGUGAGAUAACUCUUGGAAAUUACGGGCUUAUAAUGGCCAAAAGUAUAGAUGUGUGUGUCCAAGUUAAGGCUGUCUUCUUCUAAAAUAUUUAUUACAAUCUUUGGCAAGCUAGGUGAUGUUUGCUGUGGUCUGGAACAACAUGGCACACAAACAACUAUCUGAAAUGCAGCCAAUAUUACAUACAGAUAACAUGUCAUGAGACAUGAAAAACUAAAUUAUAUACAAAGAGGAUAGAAGUAAAGGACAUGAAAUGAGCUCAAAUAUACCGUAUUUUUCGGACUAUAAGGCGCAGUUUUUUUCAUAGUUUGGCCGGGGGUGCGACUUAUACUCAGGAGCGACUUAUGUGUGAAAUUAUUAACACAUUACCGUAAAAUAUCAAAUAAUAUUAUUUAGCUCAUUCACGUAAGAUACUAGACGUAUAAGAUUUCCUCGGAUUUAGCGAUUAGGAGUCACAGAUUGUUUGGUAAACUUAUAGCAUGUUGUGGCGGGCACUAGGACCAUGCUCACACGCAGCAGAAUGGGUGUGGUUUUAUGUACCUUCUUGGGCACACUAUAAAAGUGCAUAUUGUGUUUUAUUGUGCAUUCUUAUGUUG